AUGAUCGGCCUCGAGGAGCUUGCCAAUGCCAGUGGGGCGGUCUCGCAGAAUGCGGCUCGGGGUGGGGUCUGGGGCUCGACCUUGGAGGCCGAGGAAGAAGUGAAGUCCGAAGCCGCUGCCUGGCGCGACAGGGUCUGCAAAUAUCUCUCCGGGCCGAGCACAGCUCUUCUGGGAGGCGUUUUUCAUGUCGUGGAUGCCCGAGACUUCGCGCGAAAGCUGAGCGCCGAGGUCCCGAGCCACUGCAGACCGGGUGAGGAGGUCUUCAUCCAGCGAAGGUUGGAGACCCUCCUGGCGUCCAACAGCCCGUGGCUCCCGGCUGAUGAUCGUCUCGUCCAGGCCGCUGCCCUGCGUGCCCGCCCGAAACGAUAUGUGCUGGUUGUGGCGGAUUGCGCGCAGCUGAGCCUGGGAGGAUCGCGAAGGUUCCUGCACCAAUUCUACGUCCUGCCUUUCGUUGCGCAGGAGCGCCGAGCCUUCCUCCGACGGAAGCUGAUGCAGGAGGUUUCUGCGGCAGCAGAAGCGAUAGAAGGGGAGUGCCCAGUCCAGAUCAGUGUGCUUCUGGCAGACUCGGAGCAAUUCUACCACAGUUGGGAGUUUUGGAGGCAUUUCUGGUCGUGUGCGACUUGCACCGAGUGA